GUCCGCACUACGAAUUCCGAACAAAGCGCCCGUCACUUGCUGGGACAAUCCGAGGAGGGGGAGGGGAGGGGGCGCUCUUUCCAAAUUACCAUUUUUAAACCGCCCUUACCUGUCCGCACUACGAAUUCCAGAUUCUGCACCGGCGCGCUUUAUCCGCGCUGGGAAUUGCGAACGAGGGGCGUGGAGGAGCCGCCGCGUUGGGCUGCGCGCCGAUUGGUUCGUUUUAACGCGGCCGCGGAGGCUCCUCCUUUUCCGGGGUAUCGCGAGCGGCGGUGCAGCCGCUUCACUUCCGCGGUCUGUGGGCGCCCGCACCACGACUCUCAAACUCGUCUUCUGGGGGGGGGUCCUAGGGGAGGAGAAAUGAUGUGCGUGUGGGUUGUUCUCGCGGGCGGUUAGUGGUGGGAAUAUCUGUCGAACAAAAAAAAUUGUUUUAAAAAAAAUCGUAGCAUAGAAGAACGGAUAAAUUCGCUCGAGGAUUUUUUUUGUUUUGUGUGUUUUUUUUAAACGCAUCGCAAAGUUCGCCUCGACCCGAUCCUUCCUCCCCCCCCCACCCCACAGUGUGUACGGUCGCCUUUUUAAAAAAAAAAUAUCGUGAGAACGUCCAGCCUUCUCACACGAUGGUCGCUCUCGAGUAGCAAGCUACUACCCACCCCCAUUUUUUACCUUCAGAGGUACAUGACGAGUUGCGGGACGAUUGUGUUCCGUUAUCGCCGCCUGUUGUUUGAAUGUCCCGUGGUGAAUGUCUACUGCGAGUCGGUGUGUCGCGUCGCUAUGUGCGUGUUGUGUGUGUGUUGUGUGUGUGCGCGCCCCAAUGUUACAUUCCACGCUCGCCUCCGGCCGCGGUGAAGUAUGGUCACAUAACCCCACAACGACCCCGUGACGGCAUGCGGGAGGCGAUCUCUCUCGCUCGCUCUCCCUCCCUCUCUCUCUUCUUCCUUAACGCGUGGCAACUCCGCAGCGGCUGUACCUGGAGGGGCUCGCGGUGUGCUUUAGGAACCGCCUUCGGUGUUGUUCGCUCUCUGCCCGGUGGCAUUGGACGCCUCGACGCACUUUUUAGUCUUUCAAAGUUCGACUUCGUCCGCUCGACUUCGUCCGCUCGACGUUCCGCGCGCGUGUUUUGGCCGCGCCAGUGUGCGUUACACGGUUAUUUUAGGCGCCCAAUGUUACGACGACUGUUCCUUUUGAGAGCUGCCUGCUGCUGGUGCCGGUGCCACCAACCCGGAAGAAAUGGCGACUUGCGUGCGACAGAACCGUCUCGAGCUGCUGCUAAGAGCCGCGGUGGAGGCGUCCGUCAACGGCCACUUCAGCGAUGACUGCCACUCCGAGACCAUCGAGGCGGCGGAGGCCCUGCUGCACAUGGAGGCCACAGACUCCGUCACCGACGCGAUGGACUCCCACAUCUUUGCGCCCGACGUGAGCGGCGACGGCGGCGGCGGCGGCGGCAGACACGUCGACGUGGUCAUGGUGCACGAGGGUCACGAGCACGGUGCGGGGGGACACCACCCCCAGGCCGACGCGCAGGCCAACAACCGCAAGAAGAAAGCACGGAAGCCCAAGAGCAGCAGACCGUGCUCCCCUAUCCUGCCGACUGACGGGCCGCUCAGGAAGAAGUCUCGAGAAGGUCACACGGUGUACCUGUGGGAGUUCCUGCUGUCGCUGCUGCAGGACAAGAACACGUGCCCGCGCCUCAUCAAGUGGACCGAGAAGGAGAAGGGAAUCUUCAAGCUCGUCGACUCGAAGGCCGUGAGCAGACUCUGGGGGAAGCACAAGAACAAGCCCGACAUGAACUAUGAGACCAUGGGCCGCGCGCUCAGGUACUACUACCAGCGCGGCAUCCUCGCCAAAGUGGAGGGCCAGAGGUUGGUCUACCAGUUCAAGGACAUGCCCAGGAACCUGCUGCUGGAGGACUGCUCGGAGGAGGGAGGGUCCUCACCCAGCACCGCGGAGCCCUCCUCACCGCACCCCCAGGGCCGCCCGGAAGGGGCGAUGCCGGGCGGCACGAUGGGCGGACGGAACCGCCGACCCAACCGACCGGGCGGUGGGCUCUCCGCCAAGUCGCCCCUUGCCAAGGCUAAGCCGCAGGACCAAGUGAUCGUGGACGGCAGAGCGGCACAGGUGCCGGUGGUGGUCACCAUGGGGGCUCAGAUGCAGCAGCAGCAGCAGCAGCAGUCGGUGAUCACGAGCGCUGCCGCGUCGACGCAGAAGAUCGUAUUCCAGACGAUGCCGGGCCUCUCUGCGGUAGCGGCGCAGACGGGCGGCUCGAGCUCGCGGCGUGGCGAGAUCGUGAGCCUCGCUUCCGGCACGCCGCUCCUCUUCCUCACCAACGGCGACGGUUCCCAGCCCGGUGUCAUCACCACAACCGUCAUCCGGGGCCCCGAGGGCAAAAACGAGAACGUCCUCCUACUAACGCCGCUCAAAUCCCAGCAGCAGCAGCAGCAGCACCGCCAGUGCCACGGUGAGGCCGAACCGGGGGAGGUGCUCUCGGUCAUCAUCGGCGGUGGCCACGACGGCACCGGCGUCUCGCUGCCGAUGACUUCGCUGUCGUCGGAGAUGACGUCGCUGUCGGCGGACAUCACGACCCUCCCCACGGAACUCACCUCGCUGCCCGAGCAGAUCACGGCACUGCCCGCCGACGGGACGAUACUCGCCGAGGAGGAGGAGGAGGAGCCGCACGUCGUGGUCAAGCUGGAAACGGACGAGCAGCAGCAGCGGCUGAUUAAAGAGGAGCGGGAGGAUUUGUCGCUUCCGGAGCAGAUCACGGAGGAACCGACCAUCCGGAAAAUCAAAAUCGAAUACAAUGACAAAAACUUCUGAUGUACAUGAGGAUGAAAUUAUUUUGAUGGCGGUUGGGACAGUGAAGGCAAUCACAUGUAAAUGUUUCCUCCCCUAGAUUUAUAAUUUCCAAACAAAUUUAAUAGUAAAUGCUGUUUGUAAAAAAAAAAAAAUCGAAAACAUGCAUAUAUACAUAUAUCUAUGAAUCGGUUAGGUGGGAGAGAUGGGGGGGGGGGGGUGGGGGGCGGGACUCGAACCGGGGUCAACACGAAGAAAGCGUGGAAGCUCUUGACCAAGAGGCCUCUGGCGAUCGCGUGCCGGCCGGGAGAGGCUGCAGGCAAUCUCUGCUGCAGCUGCUGUCCCAUAGGGGGCAGCGCCGACCCAUAGCGGCGCUGCGCGAGCCAGAGGCUCUCUCCCGUACCGCAUCAUCGGAGUCGCGUGCGAGUUCGCGAGGUGGAGGGAAGGGGGGGGGGAGGGGAGGGGCUUUCGUUGCUAACGAAGCCGUCGAGAUUCCCACCGUGACGCUCCCGCGGGCCGCUCCUUCUGGCUCCGCGUUGCUCCUUGCCGUCGCGAUGGAACCGCAAUGCGGCGGCGGCGGCGACGUUCCGCUCGCGCAAAACGUCGCUCGCGCGCGUUCGCAAACGCCCGCGGUCGCCGUGUGGAGGGUGCGGUCGCACCCCCGGACACCCCUGAACGCGCGGGAUACAGCAAAACGCGCACGCACUAGCGGGGACUCCCUCACGGGGUUUUUGUUGCGAAUUCUGCGAUCGAAAACGACCCGAGGGCCGUCGGCGGCUCGUGCGCAAAAAAAAAUUACUCGGCACUUGUUGGCGCGGCAGUGAGAACUCGGGAGAAAUUAAAGCAGCUUCAAACUCCUGCAAAUAAUAGGGCGGGAUUCUGAUUUUUACGGUGCUUCUUGAGCCAGACUGACGCUUGGACAAAUGAGCACAGAGCAGUAAUGUGAUGGUGGGGGGGGGGGGGGGGGUGGGGGGGGGCGAGUUGGUUGUGUGAGCGUGCUUAGUUUACAACAUAGUGAUGCUUCAUACAUCUUGUGGGAUAAUGCUAAAUAAAGGUUUAGUUUUCCGAAAUAUGGUUUUCUGAUGACAUAACAAAAUUAAUUUCUAUGUAUAUGUUUAUGUAUAUACGGUUUGGUAUUUAGUAAAUACACAAGAGGGGGGGGGGGGGGGGUAGGACAGUGAAUGGCCUUGUGACAAACGCGUUCUCCUUGGUGGUGACGGCCAGUUUCAAAACUUGGCGGGCAAUCGUCACGCCGCUCUGCCCGGGAAUGAUCACCGGAGCGUCGGGGCCGACUGCCGGAUUCGACGAGGAGGAGCGAGCGAGUGGUGUUUGUCGAGGGACAUCGUCGCGACUCGUGCGGUGCCUCAGGACCCACCCCUCUGUUCACCGUUGUGAAUCUCUGGUUCCACGUCGUUCUUGCUGUUGCCACACGUCUCUCUCCCCCCUCCUCCCCCCCCCCCGUGGUCAAUCCCUCGUGAGUCGUGUCCAGAACCCCCCCCCCCCGUUUGAACCCCCAGCGUCCUCUGUGCCCCCCCCCUCUCCUCCCGAUCGUGUGAUCCACGGCAAUAACAAGACAGUGUCCCGUAUUCUGUACGCUGUAUGGUGAACAGGAUUAGAGCCUUAAUAAAAUCUUUGUAUUUUCCAAUUGUUUCAAAAAAAUAAAAUUCUUUAUUGCUUCUAA